AUGAUCUUCUCAAGUACUACUGCGCUUUUCGCGCUGGCAUCGACCGUUUAUGCCCAGUCGCAGUACACUUCUACUGGUACAGCUGCCGUAGCUAAGGCAGCUGCCACCGCCCUGACUCUGUCUCCUACUUCAAGUGUCGCUGGCUUAACGUUUGACCGCUUUGUUCAGAUUUGGCUGGAGAACGAGAACUACAGUGCUGCUAUCAAGGAUACAAACCUCGCCUAUCUCGCUUCUCUAGGCAUCACACUCACCAAUUAUUUCGCCAUCACCCAUCCUUCCCAGCCUAACUAUGUCGCUGCGGUCGGUGGUAAUACAUUCGGGAUCGCCGACGACAGCACGCACUAUAUUUCUUCAAGCACCAAGACAAUCGUUGAUCUCUUGGAGGAUGCGGGCGUCAGCUGGAGUGUAUAUCAAGAAGAUAUGCCUUAUUCUGGGUUCGAGGCAAACUAUGCCAACCAGAAGACUGGUGCAAAUGACUACAUGCGCAAGCACAACCCGUUGAUGAGCUACAACUCGGUGACAUCGAAUACCGACCGUCUUGCCAAAUCGAAGAACUUCACCAUGUUCUAUGAAGACCUGGACAACAACAAACUGCCGCAAUGGAUGUUCAUCACUCCUAACAUGACCAACGAUGGGCAUGAUAGUUCGCUUGCCACGGCCGGAAAAUGGUCUCGCAACUUCUUGACUCCUUUGCUCUCAAACGAGAACUUCAACACUGAUAGCACUUUGAUCAUCCUUACCUUCGACGAAGGUCUGACGAUCGGUACGAACCAGGUUUACGCCGUCCUUUUGGGUGGCGCCGUGUCAAGCGCCAAGGUGGGUACUACGGACGAUACCGCGUAUAAUCACUACAGUCUGUUGAAGACCGUGGAGACCAAUUGGAAUCUGGGUAACCUCGGAGAAAAUGACGUGGAAGCCUCUGCAUUUUUCUGA